UAGGUCAAUCGCGGCCCUACCACUGGCAAUGAGCUGUACGUAUUCAUGCCCAUGGCCAGGUCGUGACCAGUCAAGCCAAAAAAGCCCAUCGUCCGAGGUUACACUGACAUGGAAAGUUCACAUAUUAGGCCGUGACGACAAGGCUACAUGGCGUCCAAAAGCGCUCAAAACAGGCCUCUGGUUGUCGUGUUCGUAUACAUACUGAUAGUUAAAGGAAUUUUUGCUGUUGAGAAUUUAGAAUUUACCGAGGAGCCUAGGGAUAGGGUUGCCGUCCGCAACCGGCCACUGCUGCUGGGCUGCGGUGUGACCGGCCAGCCGCCACUCACCGUUCAGUGGGUGCUCAAUGGACAGGCUAUUAGUCCUAAUGAGGACCGUCAGGUUGUAAACAACGGCUCGUUGUCGUUUAAAAGUGUGCUUCCCAAACGAGAUAGUGGAGAAUAUCAGUGCUGUGUGUCCAAUGAAGUCGGAAGGAUAUGCAGCUGUCCGGUGUCCGUCGCUAUCGCAAAUUUACCAAGAUAUGAUGUUCACCAGUCACCAGAUCCAGUACAGAGGGGAGGAGUUCUAAGAUUAGAAUGCUUAGCCUCACAAGAUGCUGUUCCCGUUCCAGAUGUGAUGUGGCGGUUGGGCAAAAACAUUGUCACAGAAGAUGACAGGACAACCGUAUUACCCAACGGAGUACUCCAGGUCACCGGAGUUGACUCUAGUGGUGCUGGAAACUACAGGUGCUUAACUCAAAACAUCGCAGACAAACGACGCAGCCCUGUUUUCAGUGUUACUGUGCUAGAACCCUCUGUUACUGUAGAUCCAGGGAGCCGGGAUCCUGUGAUCGUCGCUGGACCCAAAGCGCAGAGAGUACGGGUGGGGCAGACGGCUUUGUUUGAGUGUCUCUCAGAUGGGGAUGCACUGAUGACAACGUGGAGCCGUGAGGAUGGAGAAGCAAUCAGAACUCAGGAUGUUAUCUACCUCGGUAGAAGUAAUCUUCAACUCCUUCAGGUCUCCUUCUUAGAUGAUGGGGUGUAUGUUUGCACAGCAGAGAAUACCAAUACUGGUGUGAUUGUGACUGCUAAGGCGAGGCUGACUGUCAUUGUGCCCCCAUCAUUCAGGGUCAAGCCGGAAAACUUCUUUGGGCCGAUAGGAAGCACAGUCCGCUUCUCCUGUAAAGCAACAGGUAGCCCCGAGCCUCACAUCCGAUGGCUUCUAGGUGGAUACCCUGUUGAACAUGACGAGCGUCUUGUGCAGCAGCAUUCCGAUCAGUCUGAUGACUUUGUCAUCAUUGGUAUCAAGCGAGAUGAGAGAGGCUUGGUGCAGUGCAUCGCUGAGAAUGAAGCCGGGAGUAUACAGUGGAGCGCCCAUGCACGGGUCAGAGUUGGACCUGGAUUACCAACUCCACCUGUGAAUAUUCGUCUUGUACCGAUCAGCGCUCGUUCAGUCAUGGUUAUUUGGGGCCCACCCGAGGACCCAGGGAGUGGGAUCAUCGCCUACACAGUGCACCAUCGGCCUGUCAUUGAUGGAUUUGAGCAUCAGUCGACGUUCGUUGAACAGAAAUUUACAGGGAUUAUUAAUGAUCUGAACCCCCAUACCAACUACUCCUUCUUCUUGAAAGCCUGGUCAACGAAUGGUCCCAGCGACGAGUCUGACCAUUACUACAUCACCACGGAUCAAUCCACCCCAGCAUCAGCGCCGGAAUUCAGAGUAGCAAGCAACACACCUACCACCAUUACCAUUGACUGGCAACCCAUCCCACGGGAGCUAAGAUACGGAAUCAUCACCGGUUAUCGCAUCACGGUACGGGAAACCGGUGAAGAGGCCAUCGACGAGGAUGUUGAUGCUUCGUUGACGGAGUACACACUGGAGAAUCUUAUGGCCGGUAGGAUCUAUCAAGUGCGAAUGGCAGCGUCUACCGAUAAAGGCUACAGCACCUAUUCCUCAUGGGUUACUGUGCAAACUCGCGUUGUGGUCGACUCAUUGCCUAAAGCACCCCAUGCUGAGAUAAAGAGACUAAACUACAGCGCUAUCAGCAUCCAUCCAAUGCUGGCCCAACCUGAAGAUGUAAACCUCAUCGGGUACAAAUUCUUCAUCUCCAAGGAGCAAGGAGUGGAGAAUACGGAGCCUGUCUUACUACCUCUUAACACCACCGUGUACAUCGUCACAGGAUUAGAUGCUGACACAGUGUACAUCAUUAGACUGCAGACUUACACAGUGUAUGGAGAUGGACACGAGAUGAUUCAAGACAUUACUACAGCUUCUUAUAAUCCAGGAGCUCAGUUUGUGGAAGCCCCAACCAAUCUUGAGAUUGUAACAAUCAACUCCCGCGCCGUCAGGGUGACCUGGCAUGCACCUGUUACCAGCCAGUUGAUUGCUGGUUACAAAGUCCGCUUCUGGCCUCGUGGCAAUCUUUCUCAGAGCUCUCUGACAAUCUCCUCAGAUCGGCUGAAGAAUAAGACGCAGAAUGAGAUUGUGAUCAGCGGACUGGACCCGUUUACGAUGUAUGAGUUUGAUAUGUGUUCCUUCACAUCUGAUUCUGUUGGUCCUUACUGUGAUGCUAGAGCUGCUCGGACACUCGAAGACCGGCCGUCUACUCCCCCAGAAGACAUCUUGGCUAAACCCUUAGACCCUCAUGCCGUAGAGCUUCAAUGGCAGCCACCGAUGGUACCCAAUGGUAUCAUCACACAUUAUGUCAUCUUCUAUGAUGAAGACGUCAGUAAACCGGAGGAGAAAUGGCAUCAGCAGGCGAGGAAUGGCACAGCCCACCACUCCCUUGUUGAUGGUUUAGCGAGUGAUACAACAUACUACUUCAAGGUGAAGGCUGGGACGCAAGUUGGCGAGGGGCCACCGACCAACGCAGUAGCCGCCCAGACACUUACGUCUCUCCCUAAGGGAAAAGGAGGUAUUGAUGGGAGGCAGUGGCAAGAGGGAAUGCUCGUAGGAGUUUGUCUUGCCUUCGUCUUAAUCAUCAGUCUAGCAAUCUUCAUUAUCUGCAAGAGACGGGGUAUGCUUCGAAGAACCCAUUCAAGUACGUCCAAUCACUCCCAUAUGAACGGUACCGCAGUGUGUACACGCUUUGCAGCUAAUGGCACCCCAGGGGACCGGGUCUACGUGAUGGGGCCAGAGGAGGCAAAGCAACAAAAUGGCUUUUCUCCGAUGAUGUCCGUUCUACCUCAACCGCCAAACCUUGACACUAAGGGUGGGCCGCCUUUGAUAAUAAACGGUGAUGGUCCGGUCAGAGGUCACCAUCACCAUCAUCACCACCACCAUUAUUCAAAUGGCAUACCCUCCCGGUUCCCGAGAACCUCGGGACCCUGCAGCGCUGACCCUGAUGCCUCUAGUGUGGCACUCCUCCCAGGCAGCGAGAGUGUUACCAACUCUGAUCUUGGGGAGGAGAAUUCUCAGGGCAAAUCAGAAGCCAGCAGUAGUUCUGGUGGUUUCUCACCCUUCACUCAGGAUCCUAGCCACCGCGUAGCCGCCACCGUGCUCCAGUGCUGCACGCCAAGAACCGCAUUACCUCACUGCGCGACCUGCUGCCUCGGGUCCAGUCUCCAACAGCUUACUGACUCGUCAACGGGGUCAUACAGUGACACAAGGGGUGACACAAGGGGUGACAGGUCAACUUCCACCACCCCCUCGCCACAAGCACAAUCUCAGGGUCACUUUACUGCAAAUACGGGUGAUAUUAUUAAUUGCAGUAAUAGAGGUCGCACUAGCGGACAAUAUUCAGAGGCGGGUAAAACAACGGAGUCACCGCCGGCUAGAAAUGAACUCACAUGGCCGAGACAUACUGGGCGGCGGGGUGGUGGACGCCCACCUGGAAUGAAACAUGAGGGUUUCUCAGAAGGAAGCUGUGAGGAGGGAGGAUUGGUGUGGGAGAGACAGACGCCUAGUUCCGAUGGGAGUCCUUCCGCGGAGAAUGUUACAUCCACCUUGUUGGUUGGUAGGGAGAGCGACCACGCCAUACCAGAGCCUUGGGAACAAGGAGAAGACACCAGUCCCGAUUUCCUCAACCGUGUCUUGGAUGAGUUCAGCUCUGGAUCGGGGUCAACGACCGUCUAAACCUGGUUAACUAACCAUAAACCAAGGUUUAAAAACAAUGUGUACAACCAUUCUACCUGAUUAUAUAAAUAUAUAUAUAAACAAAAAAUGAAAACGAAGUCGUGCUUGGUUGGAUGGAUAGCAUAAACAAUGCAUAGUGCUCAGGACCAGUGCAUGACGGGUGUUUAUGAAGAUCGCAAGAGGUGGUCGACGAGUUGGUUGGGCGUCGUCCGACCACACCCCUUCAAGACAACGAUAUUGAACGUUUACGUACAGCUAAGAGAGUAUAUAUCAUGAAAGCAUUGAUAAUGUAAAACAGUCGUAUAACUCCUAAUGCGUUGGGUGGAUUGUGAUGAGAGAAGCGUCUCUUCAUGAGGACCAUAAGAAUCACCGGCCGGUAUAUUUUAAUUAUCACUACGGGUACUCAGUAGUGAGUUUGACAUAGCUGCUAAAUUGUUACAUGUGUAGAUGUUAGCAUGUAUCACCAUACUGAAAUUUGAUUAUAUGCUUUUUUUUUUCAUUUAUUAAUUUUUGCUUUUUAGUGUAUAUGUAUUUGUAUAGAGCAUUCGGUUGUAUUUAUUACGCUUUAUUAAGUUAAAAUAUGUGAUGCAAUUUAUGAUGUGUGGCGGACACUUGUGAGAGAGGGGGCGCCCUCUUGUGGAUGUGAGAGGCAUCCGUGGCGGAAAGGUCAGGUUGGAUUCUCUGGAUGGGAUUCUGGGUUGAUUAGGAAUCAUUCAAAUCAAUUCACUUCAUUUAGCUCCAUUAACAAAUCUUAAGAAGAUAAAGUCAAUAAAAGCAGGAGGAUGUUAAGUUCACCCCCCCCCCCCUUCUUUGGUGAUGAGACUCCCUCAUAUACUAAAAAUAUCUGGACUCGGCGUAGUAAGCCAGAUCCAAAUAAGCAAGUUUAUCUGGGCCAUAUUAUACAAAGUCGAACAAAGUCUUGGAUAGGGUUUUGGGAUAUAAGAUUGGUUUACCCUAAGCUAGCCUUAGAAGACGUAGGUGACAGAACAAUUUUGAUUACCAGAUAACUAUAGGAGUUAAAAAAGAAAAAGAAAAAAAUUGUUGAAUGCUUGCAUUACUUUGACCUGUUUUUGGAGAGAGAAAAAUUUUUUAAAAUUUAAAAAAAAAAACGCAAAAAGUUUACUGAAAUUCUUUACCACAUCUCAUGGGAUAUGCUGCAUCGGAAAAGGAUCAAGUGACAAAUUAGGUUCAAGACAACAAUUGACUGGAAAGAGGAGGAAUUAAUAUUUCAUUUGUAAAAAAUAAAGAGGAAAUUUUGUGGUUUUGUGAAACCAUGGUUCAAGUUUAAAGUCGACCACUUCUAGGUUAUUUGCAAUGUGACAAAUUUUAAUUGAAGCUUGCUGAGUGGUUUUAAAAGCAAAGUCAUUGCAUUCAUUCAAUAAUAAUUUUUUGGGUCACAUUAAUAUAAAACAACAUGAAAUUGUUUGUCUCGCAGUGUGCGAAAAAAUGGAGAAUCUUUAAAUUGCAUACAAGAUCAAUACUUAGUUUUUAAAAAAACACCAACACUAAUUAUACAUGUAUAUUUAAAAAAAAUUACAUCCAAAAGUAAAAAAAACAAAAAAAAGCACUGAUAGAAAAAUGGAUGCAAAAAUACUUACAAAAAAUGGACCAUCCAGUGAAGACCUUAGCAAAGAACUACUAUUGCUAUUUGUCUUAGCGUUAGUUGUUACAUCGAUACUAAUCAAUCCAGAAUACUAUUGGGAAUCAAGUAAAAUGUUGAAAAAAAAACUAUUUGAUCAAAAUGUGUCAUUAUAGAAUGUUAAUUUUUUUUUUUUUAGAUUGAUACAAAAUCGUCAAGAGAAUCAGGUUUUCUUAUUUUAACCCAGGGAUUUCAAUCUAUACCUCAAUUAAAAUAUUUAUAUUUAAUGUUAAAACAAAAGUGGAAAAAAAAUACAUUGGAAAGAAAAUGUAUCUUUUUCUUGGGAUCAUUGACUUUUUCCUCGAAAAAGUUGUUUUCAAGUAGUUGUUAAUGGUCCCAUAGAAUACAAAGUGUUCUGUGUCGGGCAACAUUUUGUGACAUUGUUGAUAGACAGUGUUUGGAUUGAUCACUUUGGCUGUGACUACAUAUGGAUUGUAAGGGCUCUUGCUGUAGCAACCAAAGCCAAAGCCAAAGUGCUUUAAUUAGGCACAGCCCAUCGUCAAAACCAACCAUUUUCUCAGAAAGAGAGAACAGUUUAAAAAAAAGAAAAAUCCAGAUCGGUGGAUAUUGAGACUGAAUCAGGUUAAUUAAUAUUUGGAUUAUAUUUAUUGAACACUCGAUGCACAAUAUUAUUUUUAUGAGACUGUGAAAAAAAUACCAGAACAAAACCUGACGCUAGACAAAAUUCAGAAGAAAUGGUCAAGAAACCUGGUUUGAAUUGUAUCUUUUGGUAUUUAUUUAGCCAGCUUGUGGCAGUUGGAUGGUUGUCACUUUGAUCGCCACGAUGGGGGAAGUGUUUUGUUUUCAAAUUCACUCAAGAAAAAGAUCAGGUAUAAACUUUGACACCAUAAUGGUAUUCAACAAAGAAUUAUACAACAUUAAUGUUUAUAAUUUUAUGAAGAUAAUUUUUUUAAGUGCUUUUUUUUAUUGUUUCUUCUUUGUGUUGAUUCCCUUUUGAAUUCAGUUGUGUCUGAAGAAUUAGAAGAAUUAGGUUAAAAUCAAAAAAUAUAAUUUUUUUUUAAAUUAUUUUUUUAUUUAUUAUUUUCUCCGCCGAUUGGAAAGGCUACCCAACCUUGUCACAAAAUGGUGUAAUUCGGCUGGUGUUUUUUUUAAAGGCUGUUACCAUGUACAUUUAAUGGUAAUCAUGACAGUCAGAAGUAUUAACUGCUAGAUAAGCGCUCUGAGAUAUUGCAGCCAUGGUAUGCUACGGUAUAGUUUGCUCCUCGGGAAGGUUAAUUUGGGAUCAUUUGUGACAGAGAAAUGGUAACAUUGUUCAGAAGAACUGUCUGAAUGUGGGAUAAUUGUUAGCGGCCGGGUAUGUGUAGUUUCAAGACAGUGGACACUAUUGGUAAUUGCUUUGUGGGAAUUCUGCACACUAUUCAGGGAUCCAAAGUACAAUAUUUUAUUGAGAAUUCUGAUGAUGCUUUUUUCCAACCAUUCUUUGAAAAGAUUUAAUCAUUGUGAAGAUAUAAACCCAGUAGACUUUGAUCUUGCAGUGGACAUGUUGUCUGGUAUCUCUCUCUGAAUAACAAUUGUAUGCUAGGAUUCUCCUAGACAAGGCAAGGCACCAUACUACUUUUGCCUGUCAACCUCGGUCUGGGUUGCAUACAUUUGAGUGGAGAUCAAAACAACAGUGCAACACCAUGAGAAAGUAAUUUUAUGAAAUGACGCAUAAUUUGUUUUGCCCACUCUGAGGUCUUGAGACAUUAAUGUAGGGUGAUGAAUUCCAAGUACACCUCAAACAAACUGUACAGUUAUGUAGUAAAUACUCUUCAUUUUAGUUUUAAUUAUUGACAGAAGACUCCUGGGUUUGAUGGUGAACUUAAAGGUACACACACGGUCCUGUGAUCAUGAAAAUCAAUUUUUUGUCUAUUUUUAUGGAGCAUUUUAUUGUGGAAAUGAAAAGAGAUUAAAACACUCUGUGCUUCUAACUGAUAGCAUUCAGUUUCAAAUGGGACGGGACGAUCAUCUAAAAUUUGGGGUCAAAGCGCCAUGUUUGGUAUUGUAGCAUUUUGUGUCUCUGCACUCUGCUCGUUGCACUCGUUGAGGGCACUCUUCAACAACUUCCAUACUGUUAUGUAUAUAAAAUUAAAUAAAUACAUCAACAAUUAUUGUAUUAAUAAGAUAAAUUCUUUAACAACAAACCAGUUUUUGUGGGCACAGGUUUGACCUAAUAUACAUCAUAGGCAUUUUAUACACUUUGUUUUUUCCUGUAUUUUGUGUUGCUUUUUUCUCCCGCACGGUUUUCAUUUGUUGAAGAAGUGCAAACUACCUCAGAAAUAAAGUGUUAAAAAUUAUGUCUCAGGGAAAACGUGUAUAAUACAUAAUACAAUUUAUAAGAAAAAAAAAGACAAAAAAAAGAAAAGAAGAAGACAUGUACAGAAUGUUUAAAUGUAUUCAAUGUCAUGUGUGUCUACGUCACUCUACUUACCUGUAGAGCAAAUUACUACAAUUGCAUAUUCCCUAUGCGCCGCUAGGUAACACUAAGACUUUUUUACAACAAGUGCAACAGCGCCCUCCAUCGCCCAGUGCACACCGGCGCGAACGCCAUGCGCAAUCGCCCUCUUUCUCGGAAAGAGUCUCCACCGGUCGGAGACAACCUGUCCCCAGGACCCCAGAAAUUUCUGAAGGCGGCCCCCCACGGAUUGGUCGGUGGGAGGCCGCCUUGAGGCAAGCGAGUCACUUGCGCCAUGCCCCCGGGAAUCGGGGGUUUGGUGCGUGAAACCCCGCCCCGAUUGAGGGCGCUGGUGUCCCAUCUGGGUCGGCGCGGCUCGGACACUAGAUUGAGUGUCGGCCCUGCCGCGAAACCCACCACGGGCGGGCCGCUGAGGUUGACGCCGUGGGAUGGUAUAGGAGGCUUGCUUCUUCGCCUUGGCCUUGGGCGCAGCCGGUUUCUUCAAAUUAAUCUUAUCUGCCGCCUUGAUGCGCUUGGCCUCAGCUUCCAUGGAUUCUUGGAACUGGCCCGCAAAAAGGUCGGGACCUGUGAGCGGCAUAGGGAAUAUGCAAUUGUAGUAAUUUGCUCUACAGGUAAGUAUUCGUUCGUAGACCCUACCCACACUACUGUGGGGGGGAUUUUAAAUGGAAGAAGAAAGUAAACUUUUUUUCCAAUAAUGAUAUAACUGGUUAUUCAGGUGCACACGUAAUAUAGCAUUUAAGUGUAAAAUUUAAAAUAGUGCAGCACACAUUGGAAAGGACACCCCUUCCCCUCCAGUAAAAUAAGGCACUCAAAAAUUGCCAUAAAUAUAAUACUUUGGUUGCAGAAGUUACAAUGAAUUGCAGUAGCCCUACGAUGUCAUACCCAACGUUCUUGUGCAUGUUCUGUUAAUGUUGGAUAAUUACUUGUAGAUCGGGUGCCAAAAAGCAUUUCAAAGACUCGGUCAGUGACUGCGUGUUACUCACUGAGUGACUUCGUUUACUCGCUAUACGUGCAACGAGAACUGUCAGUGACUGCGUGUUACUCACUGAGUGACUUCGUUUACUAGCUGUACGUGCAACGAGAACUGUGCAAAGUAUUGUUUGAAGCUUUGUAUGGUGUGGAGUAGUAGGAAGAAAAAUAAGUAGUAAACUUGCGGGUACAACCAUGUGUAAAUCUCUUGGGGUGAGUGUUGGCUCUUCCAGUUUGGUCUCGUCGUUUCGAACAGUAUACUCUGCUCGUCUUCAGGAGAAGACAGGCGAAAAAGGAGCAGACUAUACUGUCCUGAAGACGAGCAGAGUACACUGU